UAAAUAAACAAUUUCAGAACGGAAAGAUUAGUUUCUUGAGAUCCGGCAACAGACACAGUCGUUAGAUUCGUAACAUUAAAAUAAAAUGCCUAAAUUAACUUUGUAUGGUUUGGAUCUUAGUCCACCUUUCCGUGCCUGUGUUUUAACUUUGAAGGCAUUGGAUUUACCUUACGAAUACAAAUUCAUUAAUUUGUUGGAAAAGGAACACUUGACUGAAGAUUACCUAAAGAAGAAUCCCCAACACACAGUUCCUCUUUUGGAAGAUGACGGUCAUUUCAUUUGGGAUUCUCAUGCCAUCAUCACCUACUUGGUGAGCAAAUACGGCAAAGAUGAUUCUCUCUACCCCAAGGAUUUGCUUAAGCGUGCCCUCGUCGAUCAACGUUUGCACUUCGAAAGUGGUGUAGUAUUCCAAGGCAGUUUGCGUAACAUUACAACUCCUUUGAUCAUGAAGAAUGUGACUAGAAUUCCAAAAGAAAAAAUUGAUGCCAUUGUUGAAACCUACGGAUUUCUGGAAGUUUUCCUCAAGGAUUCACCAUAUUUGGCUGGUGAUCAUGUAACUGUGGCCGAUUUCAGUAACAUCUCGACAGUUAGUUCGUUGGUGGCCUUUGUUGAAAUCGACAGUGUUAAAUAUCCAAAAUUGACUGCUUGGAUUAAGCGUUUGGAAGCUCUUCCUUAUUAUCAUGAAGCCAAUGCUGUUGGUGCCAAAAUAUUGAUUGAUAUUAUUAAAUCUAAGAACUUCACAAUUGUAGAAUAAGUCGGUAAUAGUUAAAUGUUAAUUUGUUAAUAAACUUAAAUAUAAUUAUAUUUUAAAGUAAUUAA